GCAUUGCUGCCAGCCAGCCAGCCAGCCAGCCCAGCCAGGGAGGAGUCCGCAGUACGUUCGCGUGCUUUGCAUACUUUGGUUGCAUUUUUUCCAGCGCUCCUCCGCCACGUUCCGCUCUGUUCCGACCCGCGCACCGGCUGCAACACGGUAGCGCGCGAUUUGUCCGUGCGAGCGAGUGAGUGAUUUCCAGUCGGCAGGAGCUUGGGGGGAUUCCCAGUUUGAACUGGCCGCUUUUUUGGCAUCCUUUUGUUGCUGGUAAUCAUCGUUGGAUCGCUGGCUUCGAGGCAGCAAACUGUGGCAUUUUUUCGGGGUUCGCGUUCGCGUUCGCUCCUCCUUUUGUCAGUCGUAAUUUGCUUGCCAUUUUCCGUCGCCGUCUCCGUGUGCGUGUGUUUUUGUGUUUCCGGCCUCGAAUUUUUCCGCGCAAAAGUUGGCCAUUUUGGCGCCAGUUUUUUGCCGGCCUCCGGUAUUGGCAGAGAGAAAGAGAGAGAGACCGACAGAUUUGCGGCUAAAAUCCUUCGAUCCCAAUGCCAUAAAUCAAAUGGCAUAAUUGUGCGUGUGUGACCAGCGUCUAACGGGCAUCCUGCAUCGUUCGUUCCUGCAGUGCUCCAGCGUUGCGUGCCACCGAGCCUCGAGGACUCUCUGGACCACAACAAGUGGACGGACAGGUGGCCCACCCGGAGGGGAAGUUUUGGCGGAUUAUGUCUUUAUAGGCCCGCCAGAGUCAACAAAUCCCCGAACCAAAUGAAGUGCCGUGGCAUUUGAUUAGAAGCAACGACUACUAAACGCCCCCAAAGCCGCUUAAUUUGUGUCCCGUGUCCGUGCGAGUGUGUCUUGAGUUUGGGGCAGCAACAACGGCGUUGUAUCACCUGUAUCGCUUGCCACAAUACACCAUCUGCUAUGAAGGCAACGUCCAGCAGCACCCCGCCCACCACCAGCAGCAGCAGCAGCGCCGCCAGCAGCAGCAGCCAUCCCCAGGAGCCAUCCCUGGCGGGGACGGCGGCCACCACUGCCGGGGCGAGCACCUCGAAGCCCCACCGGCUGGCCAAGGUAUCGUUCGCACCGCUGGACAUCGGCGUGCCGACGGUGGCCACGUGAUACGCGAACACGAUGCCCAACCACAACAUCGUGUGCGAGUGGCUGCGCACCAUCGGGCUGGCCCAGUACGGGGAGAGCUUCCUGGAGAAUGGCUACGACGAGCUGGAGAUCUGCAAGCAGAUCGGCGAGAUCGAUCUGGAUGCCAUCGGCGUGGACAAUCUGUCGCAUCGCGGCAAGCUCUUGAAGAGCGUCCGCAUGCUGCGCGAGAAGGGGGCGGCCAUUGUCUAUGUGCUCAUCAACGAUCCGAAGGCGCUCAGCAACAGCAACGAGAUCCUGGCCUCCGACUGUGAUACGCCCGUGACCAUGAAGGAGCUGGAGGCGGUCAUGAAGCGGCACCUCGAGGCCGACGGCAUCCGCCUCACCGCCCACCCGUACUCCACACCGGAGGGCAAACGUGGAUAUCUGGAGGGACUGGCCGCCCACUACAGCAAGCAGAUCAACAUGCCGUACGAGGACGUGCUGGAUGCCAUCGAACAGGUGCGCCUAUCCAAGUGGAAGGAGCGGCAUGUGCGCAUCUCCACGGGGCACACACUCACCCGCCGCCUCGCCGGCGUUCCGGGCUCCAGCAGUUCCGGCGGAGGACUGGUUAGCUCCUCGGUGAUGCCCACCAGCCACAGCCAGCCGCUGUAUGUGCCCGGCAAGUAUUUGCCCUCCAGCUGCCUCUCGAACCGCGAGGAGAACGAGAUCUACAGCUACACGCAGAACGAUUUGGCCAAUCGGAUGGCCCGCAACGCCAUCGACUCCAAGUCGGCCCUCAAUCUGAACGGGAUGCAGCACAGCUAUCCGGGGGCGCGCACCAAUUUCUUUUACGACUUUUCCGCAACAGAGGGCCGCAACAAGAACAAGCAGCGCCGCACGGUCUUUGCCCGCUUCCUGCAGGGCCUGCGGCAGAGCGGCGACGAGCUGAACGCCACCGAGGGAAUGCAGCUGAAGACAAACGAGCGACUGAGGGCCUGCAGCACGAUGAAGCGACCUGAGCCGCACCAGGACUUUGAGAAGACCAUUCAGAGACUCAAGACACAAAAGGCGGCCCAGAAGAAGCCCGCCAGCGCGCCCAUGGACAUUGCGUGUCACGAACGGAACAAGGAGGUGGCCCUGGCCCAUGCCCACGUCAACGAGAUGCCGCUGAACAACUACACGAAGCAUCCCUAGGACACGGCCCUAAGCAGCGCUGCUGCUUAAGAUCAACGCUAAACAAUCGAACCCCCAAUCAACACACAGGCAUUUCAAUCAAUUCAAUUUUUCAAUCAGGUGAUACACAUGUUAGGCAAGCAGGAAUCGGAGCAUAGUCUACUCGUAUUACUCGAAGAGGCUUAGAGACUUAGGGAUAGUUAAGGAUAGGGAUAGCGAAGAUCAACGAAGCAAUAUAGCAAUACGUAUAUGUAUCCAUAGAUUUAGUGGAGUUUGACUUACCUCUAGUACUAAUUGAAUUACCUAGAACCUUACCUGAUCGCCACCUGAACUCUCUCUCGUGUAUAGUCACCACCAUCAGCACCACCUAGGAUAGAACCCUCUAUAGCUCCUCUAUAAAUAACUCUCACUUUGUUUCGUUUGCACCCUCUCCAUUGAUGCCUCCCCACAGACUCCCACUCAAAAUCGCCAUACAGAAUCAAUCAGGACAGGCUCUUGCCCCGAAGUCUAUCAACAAUUAUUUCGAACACCCCGAGAAACCCACAGAGAAACACAGUCUGCGAAUGCGGCACCAAACUCCGCUGGGAAAUGUUGACAAAACGCAAAAAUCCAACAAGCUUAACGCUAAAUCAACACCCAUACAGACCGAGAGGGGACACACACACACACGCACGCAUGCAGGGGGGGAGAGGCGGGGAAGAGGCUCCCACAGAUAGGGAGCCCGGGAGCCCUGCCCGGCAAACUUGUCCUAACCGCAGACGUUGCACAGACAGACACUGACGGAGCAGACGGACGGGCCUGACUGUGUGGCAUUUCCGUUUCAACUUGGCAUUGCAUCGAUUUUGGUCUUUGGUUUUUCGGGUGCGUGGCACAUGGUGCGGCUUGCAGGGAGCGGGUGCUCCUGCGGGGUGCAGCUGCAGCUGCAGGCGGCCUUUGCCAUUUGCCUUUUUUGCAUUUUAAUUGCAUGUUGUGCCCGAAAGUAUGCAACGAACUUGCCCCGGACCCACAUAGACACACUGGCAUCCGUGUGCAGGAGUGUUGCAUGUUUCUGAUCUGUCCUGCUGCGACAGAGAAUGCGAUUUGCAUUUUUGAGCCGUGCAAAGGCAUUUGAAAUUCGUUUUUAAUUUUGUUUGCUUUUUGGCCAAGAGGCAUUCACCGACCGCCCGACCGCCGGACCGACCGACCAUUCGAUGGAGCCAUCGGCUCGCGGUUGUCUUUGCCAUUUGCCAAAACUCCCUGGCACUGCAGCAGCACCACCCGUGCUCGUGUUAUUAAAUGUCUGGGGCUGCCACGAAAUUGAAACAUUUAGUGGUUACGUGAGCGGGUGCCAGCGCCAGCGCCAGUGCGUGCCAACGAUGCUCAUUUCCGGUUCCGCUUGUCGCCGAAACUGCAAUUAGCUCAAGCACUUAAGGCCCGAGCCGGUCUCCCGUGGAAAGUUGGAAACAGCUUGUGACAGUCUUAAAGGUUUUUUUGUCAGCAUUUCCAUUGAACAACACUCGUCCGAGUACUCGUAUAUAAAUAUUCGUUUAAUUGAUAGAAUAGGUUUUUUUCUUUGAUUUAUUUCAAUUGGUUUUUAGCUUGUGUUAACGUGCAAUUAACUCUGCCAGGCCUCGAUGAUCAUUUUAUUUAAAUUAAAUUAAGUGCAACAGAGCCUCCGCAGAGAGGCGUCCCCGUCCCCCGUGCCCCACCCCACAGCCACCCAGCCAGCCAUCCACCCAGCCACCCAGCCAUCCACCCAUCCAGCAAUAGUGAAAAUAGUAUAGACAAACAAACAAACGAAUGCAAACAGUGAAAAAAGGUGAAAUUAAAUAUAGGCAAAGUGAAAACAAAGCAACAAAACUCUGGCCGGUGCCGUGCAGUCAAGUGUAAAAUGGUGCGCCAGUUUAAUAUACAUAUAAUUGUUUAACUACAUAUAAAUAUACAUACACAUAUACAGCUACAGAUACAGAUACAGAUAUUCUCAUACAUAUAAAUGGCUCGAAACAAUGAGAGACCCAUCAGCAGAUACAAACAUACAUAUAGAUACAUCAGCACCUUUUAUGUGUAAAAUGGAUAAAAACAAAGUCAAAUUGUCGUAUUCCACGCUCCCUUUAAUCGCAAACGAAAAACGAAUAAAGUCCCCGAACUAUAGGUAGUAUAUAAACUAAAUCAGGCGAAGGAAUCACUUGUGCGUAAGCCCCAAUCACAAUUUAAAUUAAGCAGCCCACAAAUCAAUCGUAUGACAUAGUUUUGGGCAGUGGAGAGAAUCUCGGCAGAUGCACGGCAAUCAGGAGCUGCUCGACCAAAUGACAGAACAGACUAAUGGCCAAGUGCACUCGGGAGCACCACAAAUCAUAAUGGAGAAGAAGUAGCCCACAGAGAGGGCCCCGUAGGAGACUUCCUUCCCUUGGAAAUGUGUUCAGUUAAGCAAUUAGGCGAAAAAUCAAUAAAUAGCCAUAUAUAUUUAUUAGUUUACCAUGAAUAUUGAUGACUUUUACAAUAUACAAUAUAUAUAUACACGAAUAUACAUAUAUUUACUGGUAGCUACAUAUAUUUACAAUUAAAGUCUAUGGACGAUGGUCAACAAAUUUCAAUUUACAUACGUAAGUGUUUAAGCAAAAUGCCAAAAGCAUUUCAAAUGCAAAUGGAUAAAAAUGUACACGAGUAAGUCAUGAAAAAAUGCAAAUAUAUAUGCGAAUAUAUACAUACAAAUUGAUUGCAAAACAAAUAAAUAAUAUUUAUGAAAAUAGAGCACGCGUGAAAGCGUGUCAAAAUUAUUUGACUUCCACACACACACAACACACAACACACCCAUCCCAUCCCAACCCAGCCCAUUCCAUCCCAUGUAAUCGUUCAAAUAUAUUCAUAUAUUUACAGAUUUAUGUGUGUAGUAGUGCUAUGUAUACACCAGCCAGGCCCAUAUGUACUUUAAAUAAAUAUUUAGCAAACGUAUGGAAUAUGUUGCAAUUGUAAUCGCAAAGCAACAAAAAGUGUAGAAAAUCUGCAUAUGUUAUGUGGAAACUUUUACAGUCAAUUGAAUCCUGCAUUUUUUAAGUUCUAUUCGAAAACAGAAAUAAAGAGAGU